AGAACUGGUUAAAAGUCAGUUUCCAGUAAAAACAAAACAAAACAUUAGUCUAAGAGCCAGGACCCAUCUCUUCACUCACUUGGUAUUGUGCAAGUCAUCUUACCUUUCUGGAUCUUGGUUGCCUCAGCUGUAAAAAGAAGAGAUACACAUUUUUUUCCUGCCUAAAGAUGAGGUGGAGGACCAUGCUGCUACAAUAUUGUUUUCUCUUGGUGACAUGUCUACUUACUGCUCUUGAAUCUGUGCCUAUAGACGUAGACAAGACAAAAGUCCAAAAUACUCAUCCUGUGGAAAGUGCAAAGAUAGAACCACCAGAUACCGGACUUUAUUAUGAUACUUAUCUCAAGCAAGUGAUUGAUGUGCUGGAAACAGACCAACAUUUCAGAGAAAAGCUCCAGAAGGCAGACAUAGAAGAAAUAAAGAGUGGGAGGCUAAGCAAAGAGCUGGAUUUAGUAAGUCACAAUGUCAGGACAAGACUUGAUGAACUGAAAAGGCAAGAAAUAGGAAGGUUAAGAAUGUUAAUUAAAGCUAAAUUGGAUUCCCUUCAAGAUGUAGGCAUGGACCACCAAGUUCUCCUAAAACAAUUCGAUCACUUGAACCAUGUGAAUCCUGACAAGUUUGAAUCCACAGACUUAGAUAUGCUAAUCCUAGCGGCAACAAAUGAUCUAGAGAACUAUGACAAGACUCGUCACGAGGAAUUUAAAAAAUAUGAAAUGAUGAAGGAACAUGAAAGGAGAGAAUAUUUAAAAACACUGGAUGAAGAGAAGAGGAAGGAAGAAGAAUCUAAAUUUGAAGAAAUGAAAAAAAAGCAUGAAAAUCACCCCAAAGUUAAUCAUCCAGGAAGCAAAGAUCAACUAAAAGAGGUAUGGGAAGAGACUGAUGGAUUGGAUCCUAAUGACUUUGACCCCAAGACAUUUUUCAAAUUACAUGAUGUCAAUAAUGAUGGAUUCCUGGAUGAACAAGAAUUAGAAGCUCUAUUUACUAAAGAGUUGGAGAAAGUAUAUGACCCCAAAAAUGAAGAGGAUGAUAUGGUAGAGAUGGAAGAAGAAAGGCUUAGAAUGAGGGAACAUGUAAUGAACGAGGUUGAUACUAACAAAGACCGAUUGGUGACUCUGGAAGAGUUUCUGAAAGCUACAGAAAAGAAAGAAUUCUUGGAACCAGAUAGCUGGGAGACAUUGGACCAGCAACAAUUCUUCACAGAGGAAGAACUAAAAGAAUAUGAAAGUAUUAUUGCUUUGCAAGAAAAUGAACUGAAGAAGAAGGCAGACGAGCUUCAGAAACAAAAAGAAGAGCUACAGCGUCAGCAUGACCAGCUUGAGGCCCAGAAGCAGGAAUAUCAUCAGGUCAUACAACAGAUGGAACAGAAAAAAUUACAACAAGGAGUCCCUCCAUCAGGGCCAACUGGAGCACUGAAGUUUGAGCCACAUAUUUAAAGUCCGGAGUCUGCCAGAAGUUGGAAGAAAGCUGUUAAUGCAACAUCUGUUCCAUUUUUUUAAAGCUCCUUUCCAAUUUCUUUGCUCAAUAAAUAUUUUAAAGCAUAUUUG